GUGGGGUUGUUGUGGGUGCGAGCGGGACUGCAAUCUGCAUCGGAUGGUGUGGAGGUUGCAGCGUCGUCGUCCCGUGAACAGUUCACCGGAUUGUUGUUCAUCUUUAGUGAAUGAACAGGAAUAGUUGACUUAAAACAACUUAGCAAUACAGUAAAAGACUUGGUAGUCAUCAAAGCAUUAAGGAAAAUUGAAGAAAAGACAAAGGGCGCAAAUGGUACCGGAGCAACCACGGACGGAGCACGGAUAUAUCCGCUAAGCUAGUUAGCAAGCAAACUAGCCUGCUGCUAACUUGAUAAAUUGGAACACGAGUAACAAUCAACUGGCUAUGACUGAUAACGAGGAAAGGACAGUCAAAUUGUAACCCAGAAGGAAUUAUUCAGACUCAAUCAAAUGUUUUAGCUACGCAUUUUUUCUUACGAAAGUAUUUUAAUGGAAUGGAUGCGUUCUGUAGAAUUGUUCAACAACAAUAGUUAGCCGGUUAGCUAGCUAAGGUUACUUUCAUGUUGAGUUGGGAAGCUAUCCAGUUAGCCAACGUUACGUCAUCUGUACAGGAGUUAACCAGGCGGACAGGCAACUACAACAAGGUGGACGGACUGUCAUCUGCGUGGGGGUGUUCGUGAAGUUAACGUUAGUUGACUGGGUAGUCCAUUAUUCCUCCUUCAGCUUUUUUUGGACACAGUUUAGUAUUACACAUGACAGAAGUGAACAUGGGAGUGUUAUAGGACAAUGGAUAUAGUUAGCUGCCCGUUUGUUAGUACCGUAGGAAAGAAGUGACAACCGAUAUCUCAGGUACAGUUUGUUGGACUACAAUGCAUUAGGUCUGACGUUCUCCAUUCGGACAUAGGAUCUCUUUGGUUUUGCUGGACCGCUUGCUAACAAGAACUUUAUGACGCAGGCUCAGUCCAUUAUUUCAUUUUUGACUGACCACACAGGUCACCGUUUCCCUAAAGCGUCCACAGCACUCAUACCAUGGCAGCGGUUGUCAACUACUCACCGCCGUGGUGGGUCAACCUGCUACACCGACUCCCUCAUUUCAACCUUGAAUUCGAACAGACGAGCAGUGAUUUUCGCCCGGAGGACUCGUCAUAUCAACAGCGCCGGCAUUGCUGUCGGUUUCUAUGGGAACGGCGAGACCUGUGACGGAGUGAACAGGCUGACGUACUCCCUGCGCCACGCCAACCGCACGGUGGCAGGAGUGCAGAAACUGGUAUCAGACAGCACGGGCUCCCUGAAGCAGACGGCGGAUGGCAGUCUGGGGCAGCUGGAGGGCCAAUACGCCAAGCACACAGACUAUCUGUCUAUCAUCCAGAAGCUGCAGGGCCAGCUGGACGAGCUGGUGAGACAGAUGGGGGCGAUCCCCUUCUGGGGCAACAGAGACAUCUCCCUGGAGGAGCUGGCCGUCAACAUCGAGCUCUACGAUUGGUACAGGUGGCUGGGCUACUUAGGCCUGCUGCUUUUCAACAUCCUCAUCUGCCUGCUGGUGCUGUUUGGCCUCAUUCGCAACUCCAAGGGAACACUUAUUGGAGUGUGUCUUCUGGGCAUCCUGGCUCUGGUUAUCAGCUGGGCCUCCCUGGGUCUGGAGUUGGCUGUGUCUGCCACCUCCAGUGACUUCUGCGUUGCUCCUGACAUGUUCGUCGCCCAAAUGACCGAACAGUCUGGAGUGCUCAAUAAAGACAUUUUGCAGUACUACAUGACAUGCAGUGUGGGCCAAACCAACCCAUUCCAACAGAAGUUGUCCGGGAGCCACAAAGCCUUAGUGGAGAUGCAGGACGACGUGUCUGAGCUGCUCCGCUCGGCCACCAGAGAGUAUCCCCAAACUAAGGGGAAUCUAGAGCAGAUCCAGGGGGUGCUGAACACCACAGAGAUCGGCCUGCAUCAGCUCACUGCCCUGGUGGACUGCCGAAGCCUGCACAUGGACUAUGUCCAGGCUAUAACAGGGUUGUGUUAUGAUGGACUGGAGGGCCUGAUCUACCUGGUGUUCUUCUCCUUCGUCACGGCUCUCAUGUUCAGCGCCAUCGUAUGCAGCCUACCUCACACCUGGAACAACAAGAGGAACGAGGCGGACAGCGAGGAGGAGUCCGUGGCCCACGGAGGCAGACUGCAGAACCACGACAACCUGUACCGCGUCCACAUGCCCAGCCUGUACAGCUGUGGCAGCAGCUACGGCAGCGAGACCAGCAUCCCUGCUGCAGCACACACUGUCAGCAACGCCCCCGUCACGGAGUACAUGACCCAGAAUGCCAAUGCCUUCCAGAACCCGCGGUGUGAGAACACCCCACUGAUAGAGAGAGAGUCCCCUCCUCCCUCGUACACCUCCAGCAUGAGGGCCAAGUACCUGGCCAACAGCGGACCGGGUCCCAGUACCUCCACCCCCGUACCUCCACAGCACCAAUCACAGCACCAAGAACACGAAUCGGCACACCACUCACGACAGCACACUCCACACCGCCCACCACAUCACCCAGCGGCACAGCUCUAGACAACACCGGAGGCGUGACCCACCAACAGACACACCCGUGUGGAACCACCUAGCCUCUGGAACCUCUUCUCCAAUGCCCCUCAACAUCUCUGUGACGUCAUCUUCAUCCUCAUCCAGGCUACAGUCCCAAUCUCCUUUCCUCUUCGCUCUUACUCGCCCUCUUCCCCCAACAACAACUUCAAACAUCUGAGCCAAAUAUGUCUUUUGAAGUGUGCUUGAUGGUAGAGCUAAGAAAGGAACGCGCAAGGCAGACGCAUCAUGUAAAUAGUUCUGUCGUCAUUACAAUGUUUUCCGUAGGCCCUUUCAUGAUGUUUCCAGAUGGCCAGUCUGGGCUGAGGGCCAAUGGGAGGUUAUAUCCAGCAUCGUGUGAUCUCUGUCAUCUGCUUCAUGGGCUGCUAGUGGACUGACUGAGUGGUGGCCCUUGUUCCCCUGCUACCCCCUACCACCGCCGCGCCUCAGUGCUGGGCCAUCCUCCUUACCCAGGGACAAUACAGACUAAUGAGGCAACUGGCCUCCAGCUCUUCAUGAACGAUCUCUGCUCCUUUUCCACUCCUCUGUCUGCUCAGUCCACCAAAUAUCAUCUUGAACGGGGUGAUAAUGUCUUACGUGAGGAUAUGUUGCUCAAACAACAUCUGUUGGUUUUAUUUGUCUGACACUUUUGGGGUCUUCCUGUAUUUGAUAUUGUAUGAAGGAGACAUCCACCAUCAAAUGGUCUCCAUGUUAACCACUGCAAAAACCACUAGUUGUGGUGCUGUGAAGGAGAGAACACCUGACUAGAUGAUGAAACUAAACUGCCAUUGCUUUGGUGAGGACUGAGACAGUUAUGGGACCAUCUAGGCUAGCACUGAUUACUAUUGAUAGUGAUUUUGUUCAAUAUGUUGCUACGUACUGUACUCUCUCUCUCUCUCUCAUUGCUGGAGGAGAUGUUGAGCAAUGCCUUUACACAGAGAGCUGUGGAAAGGCCUAGAAACCACUGUUCCCUCACACCCUUUUACAGACCUAGUCCUCUGUCAUAGCAAGUUGGGAUCCAGGCACGGUUCCUCAACGGUUGGAUGUACCUCAACAAUACUAUGGCAAUGAUAUGUCUGAAAGACAAAGACCAGUGUUUCUCAAGCAUUCCGUGUGAGUGUUCUUCAUCAUAGUGAAACAUCUCAGUUCCUCAUGUGAUCCUGUUAUCUGGAGGACUUGCAACACGACCAGUAGAACGCCUGGUCGAGGAAAGGGCAUUAACAUCAGUUGUAUUAUCCGGUCUCUCAAUCCAUGUGUCUGACGAGAUCACGUUGACAUAUGAUUACUACUGUCUAACAAGCUGAGACUACUGAUUUCUUAUCGACCUAGCCAUCCGCUUGUUAUUGCGUUUGUCUCAGACUGUGAGUGGGACCAGUUAUCUUAUUUCCUAAUGUAGUAGGUCUAUGACUGGAAAAGACUGGGACCUCUUAACUCUUACAUUAGUCCUGACCUGCAUGUUUGUGGCUGUUGUCGUCCCCCCCAGGGGGAGGUUUUUCAUUGGAGUGAUGCAGUGUGCCACUAUUCCUGAAAAAUGACUGAAGCUACAUGGACUUUUGAACUGGAGAGUUUUGCUGUUGAAAAAUGAGUUUAUUUGCGAUUCCAGCGUCUGCUCUUGGAUGAUGUGAACUGAAAAGACGGACGACGCUCACUAAAGAAGAGGAGCUGUGAACGGUGGGACCCGCUGUCCUCUCAUCAAUACCACAGACCGCUGUUAUCAGGUUUUGUUCCCAAAACGAAAGACCAUUCAGACGAGGAAAGGAAACAUGUCGAAACUAACAGAAGCAGAAGCUUUUUUUCAACAGACCGAUAUGAGGACUGGUUCCUGAUUGCUGAGAGACGAAACAAAAGAGGAGUUUUCCUCCACCAUUAUAAGACUCAUUUAAAGUCUCAUUUGCAGUGCUCUUCUAUUAGCCAGGUAUCUUGUGUUGGUGUUCCUCUGUGUACAGUGGUCGGUGUUUUUGCUUGCCAGUCUCCUGUCCUCCCAACAGAUCUCUGACCGCCUCGCAACGUUCUCCUCUGCUGAACCCCAUGGAUAUAGUCACAGACUGUAACAUCACGUUACAUCCCGUGUCUGGAGGCUGUGUACAUUAAUUAGAAUGUGUUUCUUCUAAAGAGGUGUAGCGUACAUGUAUUCUAGUAUACAAUUAUGCAUGUUACAACAGCCAAGGUAACUGCAAAAUGGACGUCCUAAUGCUCCAGCAUUUCAUGGUCACAAAGAUGUGUUUUAGCAUAAAGAACGAUUUUUGGAGAGAGAAAAAAUGAAACUGCGGUGGUUGUUUCAAAAUGGGUAAAUUGAAGAAAUGCUGUGGUGACACGGGUUCACUUUUACCAUUUACCUUUUCAGCAAGAGCAUCCUACUUUCCUGUGGACUCCUAAAGCAUGGUGCCCCUUCAAACGUACAGUGAAAUAUUGUUGUACGCUGUUGCUACCGACGCUUCUCUUGGCACCCCUUCGUUCUGCGUUGUAAAUCAAUAUGAGAGGUGUGGUUCUUUCGUCAGACUGUGCCAAUAACCAAACACAACACCUUACCUUUACUAGGAUCUUUUUAAAUGUCUCACUUAGGCCUGUUUGUACAGUUCACAGCACUGUGGUUGCCUGAGCAACCAAACGAGGAAAAUGAGCCCUACAUUUUGAACUGAAAAUGACUUGUUCUUUUAUUUUCUGUGUGAAAGACCAUUUAUUAUAGUAAUGGUGGAUUUUUACUGUAGUUUAGAGUAGUCAUAUUCUCUUUGUUAAUAUUGUAAUGCUAGAUCAAUGUACAGACUUUAAAGGGAUACUUUGGGAUUUUGGGAUUCAUCCUUUAUCUACUUCCCCAGAGUCUGAUGAACUAAUAGACCACCGUCUCUGCAUCCAGUAUGAGUUAAGAGGUAGAUCUGUGAGCCAAUGCUAACUAGCAAUAGCUGAAUGAGUGGACGUGUAUGGUAUCUACUAGCAAAUGCACUAACGCUAGUUAGAAACUUCCUUCAAACUGCACGCAGAGACAAAAAAAAUGGAAUCCACCAGUGCAUCUGACUCUGGGGAAGUAGAUAAAGGGCUUAAUAGCCAAAAUCCAGAAGUAUCCCUUUAAAACAAGUUUGCUAAAUGAGCUGGUGAAGUUGACAUUUCCUUUGUCAUGGUGAUGAAAUCUUUUUUCCUUCAUUAAAAAAAAAAAGUAUUUUACCAUUUGAUUCUUUUUAGUGUUCAUUGCAUAUAUUACGAUGUGUAGCAGGCAGAACAUUUUUGUUGCUUUUAUGGGAAUACGAUAUAAUUUUUGUCUUUCAUUGCUUUGUUUUGAUAACAUUUCCCUGUAGAUUUACUCAUUGUUUUCAUAUAAUUUUAAAGCAAUUACUAAAAUAUUGUACAUGUUAAACCUGCGGUUUUAUUGAGCUUGAACUCAGUGUUUUGAAAUUAAACCAACGUUAACUGUUGAA